AUGUCCCUAAAGUUGCCAAGGAACUGGGAUUUCAACCUGAAAGUGGAGGCCGCGAAGAUAGCUCGGUCGAGGAGUGUGAUGACUGGCGAGCAGAUGGCGGCCUUUCACCCGGCGUCCACCCCCAAUCCGCUGGAAAGGCCCAUCAAGAUGGGCUGGCUGAAGAAGCAGAGGUCCAUCGUGAAAAACUGGCAGCAGAGGUACUUUGUGCUGAGGGCACAGCACCUCUACUACUACAAGGACGAGGAGGACAUGAAGCCACAGGGGUACAUGUAUCUACCAGGAAGUACAAUCAAGGAGAUCGCCACAAACCCGGAAGAAGCUGGGAAGUUUGUCUUUGAAGUCAUUCCAGCCUCAUGGGAACAGAGUCGCACAGGACAGGACUCCUAUGUCCUCAUGGCCAGCUCCCAGGCAGAAAUGGAGGAGUGGGUUAAAUUCCUCAGGAGAGUCGCUGGCACGCCCUCUGGAGCGGUGUUUGGCCAGCGUUUGGAUGAGACUGUGGCCUAUGAACAGAAAUUCGGCCCCCAUCCAGUGCCCAUCCUGGUGGAGAAGUGUGCAGAGUUCAUCCUCGAGCAUGGCCUGAAUGAAGAGGGCAUCUUCCGGCUGCCUGGGCAGGACAACUUGGUGAAGCAGCUGAGAGAUGCUUUUGAUGCUGGGGAGCGGCCCUCCUUUGACAGAAACACGGAUGUGCACACCGUAGCCUCCCUGUUAAAGCUCUACAUGCGAGACCUCCCGGAGCCAGUUGUCCCCUGGAGCCAGUACGAGGGCUUCCUGCUCUGCGGGCAGCUCAUGAAUGCAGACGAGGCAAAGGCCCAGCAGGAGUUGAUGAAGCAGCUCUCCAUCCUUCCUCGUGAGAACUAUAGUCUCCUGAGCUACAUCUGCCGGUUCCUGCAUGAAAUCCAGCUGAACUGCACUGUUAACAAGAUGAGCGUGGACAACCUGGCUACUGUGAUUGGUGUGAAUCUUAUCAAGUCGAAGGUUGAAGACCCUGCUGUGAUCAUGAGAGGGACCCCUCAGAUCCAGAGAGUGAUGACCAUGAUGAUCAGAGACCAUGAAGUCCUCUUCCCCAAGUCCAAGGAUGCACCCCUGUCACCCUCUGCCCAGAAAAAUGACCCCAAGAAACCUCCAGUGGCUCGAAGCUCUGUGGGCUGGGAUGCCACUGAAGACCCCCCAAUUUCUAGGACAGACAGUUUCAGUAGCGUGACAAGCGACUCUGAUGCCACUAGCCCCACUGGACAACAGCCAAACGACAGGUAUCUAGAGGACAGCAGCAAAGCCCCCAGGGAAAAUCCAGGAGAUUGGAAGGUGCAAUCACGGAAAAGGACUCAAACGCUCCCAAACCGGAAAUGUUUCUUGACAUCAGCUUUUCAAGGCGCCAACAGCAGCAAAGUGGAGAUCUUUAAAAAUGAGUUCUGGUCACCUUCCUCUGAGGCCAAAGCCAGUGAAGGGCACAGGAGAACAGUGUCUCAAGAUUUGCGCCACCUUUCUGACUCCCAGCGGACUUCCACCUAUGAUAAUGUCCCUGCCUUGCCAGAGUCCCCCGGGCACGAAGUGGGUGCGCUUUCUUCCCACACCUGUGACUCCAAGAGAGAGACUCCUGCCAGCCCAAAGUCUGCAACUGAGCCUGGGAAAAAGAACUGUGGAGAAGAGGAACUUGAUUCUUUGCAGAGGAUGGUCCAGGAGCUACAAAAGGAAAUAGAGACUCAGAAGCAAACGUAUGAGGAACAGAUUAAAAACCUUGAGAAGGAAAAUUAUGAUGUGUGGGCUAAGGUGGUGAGGCUCAGCGAAGAGCUGGAGAAGGAGAAGACGAAGUUUGCAGCCUUGGAAAUCAGCCUCCGCAACGUGGAGCGCUCCCGGGAGGACGUCGAAAGGAGGAACAAGGUCUUGGAGGAGGAAGUCAAGGAAUUCGUCAGGAUGAUGAGACAGCCCAAGAGCGAUGCUUGA